AUGUUUCAGCAACUACCAAUGGAACUGGAAAUUGGUGAUAGAUUGUCAUAUGGUGGUGAACUGUGUACCAUAAAGUUCAUUGGAGAGAUACCAGCAUGGCCAAACGAAGUGGCGCUGGGUGUCGAGUGGGACAACAUCCAAAAAGGUAAACACAAUGGGUCAUUUAAAGGCAUCAAAUAUUUUGAAAGUGAGUUGAUAAGAUUAUGCUUCCUACGAUAUUCCAUACUGACAAUAAUAGCCUCUAAUGGACUGGAUACAGGAUCUUUCUUGAAGAAAUCUAAAAAACAUGAUGGUAUAAGGACUUUUUAUCAAGCGCUUGUGGAUACUUAUGGAACAUCAGUCGAAAGUAAAGAAAUCAAAAUAGGAUCAAAAAUUGUUGAAAGUUAUGGAUUUGAUAAGCUUCAAAAGUUACAGUCAGACUUCCCAUAUUUGAAGAACAUCUCAUUGAGUAGGAAAGAGCUGAUUGGUACCAAUGAAGAAGAAGAAGAAUUGAUCAAAAAGCACUUGGUGAACUUGACACAACUUGAUCUCUCUUUCAAUUUGAUUAGCUCUUGGAGUGAGCUACUGAAGAUAGUGAGGAAUCUCAGCUUGGAAAAACUGAGAUUAGUUGGUAAUAUAUUCACAAAGGACUUUUGCACAGACCAUACAUCAUCCUUGAAAAUUCUUGACCUCUCUUUUACAAAAGUUAGCAUUUCUCUUUUGGAAGUUAUACCCAGCCAUUUUCCCAAUUUACAACAACUGCAUCUUUCAGACAAUGGACUGAAUACUCUAGAUGAAUGGAUUAGCAAGUUGACCUCUUUAAAUACACUUGAUAUUUCAUUAAACAACUUCACGAGGUUGCCUGAAAUCCUUCAACAGUCUAAAAUUAACGCACUCAAUAUAUCUGACAAUAAGAUCAAGAUUACAGAAUAUGAUAUAAAGUUUCCACAUAUCGAAACUUUAGACAUAAGGCGGAAUGAAAUAUCAGAUUUUAAGGAAUUGGGGUUGCUCAACCAAAUCUUUCCAAACCUAAAGAAUCUUAGAAUCAAUGGUAAUCCUAUUUUUGAUGAUUUAUCAGUUGAUGAGAUGGAAGUGAAUAUUAUAGCAAGGUUUGAGAAUUUGGAGUUUGUCAAUGGUACUGAAAUUUCUAAAGAUGAAAGAACAAAUGCUGAGUUAUACUUCAUCUCUAAGGCAAAUAGUGGAUCAGAAAUUGAUCAGUCAAGAGUUAAGUCAUUGGCUAUCAAACAUAAGGUUCACGUCACACAGUCUAGAAGAACGGACGAAGAUAAUAUCAUGUCCAAGUUGGUAAAACUGAGGCUGAAUUAUCAAGAUAAAGUUGUCAACCUGGAUACAUUGAAGACAAUAGAAGUUUUGAAACUGAAAGGUACUAUAAGUCGGGUAUUCCAGAUUUCUUAUGCUGAGAUGGAACUAUCUUAUAUGAUUUCAAAUAAUAGAGAACCCAUUAAUAAAGACCUUUCUUUGGUUUCAUCAUAUCAAUUCGAGGAUGGACAAGAUAUAUUUAUACAAAAAAUCACUUGA